AUGUGUGCAGCUAUGCGUGCGAAUGGGAGUUUAUUUGAGGUUGAGAUGUUCCUUGCUUCGCUACAGUCAGAGGACAGUGAUAAUGAUUCAUAUGAUUUGUUUAACACGCCACAGAACCAGGCGGCAUAUGCGUCAUUUGGGGGUCGGCCAAGCAUUGGUGGUGCUGCUGUGGACUUCACGCCGGAGUCAUCCCAGUCCCACGUGGGGUUUGUGUCGGAACCAGUGAAGGGAGUGGGUUACACUGGUUUCACUAGUCCUGCAGAGUUGAGUGAUGGUGAGUUACGUUGGGUAUCCAAGGACAAUACUAUUUUGCGUGUAGUGAAGAUGGAAUCGUCAAGCAGUGGUGAAACUGGGGAUAGUGCGAACCUGCCAACAGAAAGCAGUGAGCCACCUUCCUCAGUCCAGGCGACCGGGGGGAAAACGGCAACAACAGCAGCAGUAGCAGCAUCUGUUGGUGCUGGAAUUCCUGUAGGUGGCCUUUUAGGUAACGGCAGGAUCACUAAACCGAAACGCGAGCGCAUGUCUCAUAAUAUUAUCGAGAAAAAAUAUCGUACGAAUAUUAAUGAUAAGAUUCUGCAACUUAGGGAUAUUGUACCAACCCUUCGCGUAACAACUAAGUUGGAGGGGGGUAUUCCUGUUACGGCUGAAGAUGAACUGCAGUUAGAUGGUCUCCAUCCAGCACGGAAAUUGAAUAAGGCGUCAAUUUUGACGAAAACGAUUGAGUAUAUCAGGCACUUGGAGGGGAGAUGCUCCUCUUUAAAAUUGGAAAAUAUGAAGUUAAAGCAAGGUCAGAGCUUGUCAACACCGGAAAGCCUCCGACAACCUUCACAGAAUGGUCAAUUUUUAGCAAAUGGUUCGGGGGCACAACCGCCGACAACGAUGUACUCAAGCGAUGUUUCAUCCGUGGCCACUCCAUCGUACAAUAUGGCACAUGCGUAUCCUCAGUCACAAGAUUCUGGUAAGUCAUCUAGUAAGCUCUUACUUGGCGGUCUCGCUAUGACAAUGGGCAUUACUUCCUUUGGGGAGAAUGAUGACAUUAACAACGUUCGUGGACUCUUUACGAUGCCAGUUUUCCACUAUUCUCCUGCAACGAACGGGUUUACUCUUUCGAAUAUUCAUGGUAUUAAGAUUGAUUUAUGCACAUCUUUACUUUCUUUGUUGAGGUUGAUAUUGCUGCUGUUUACAGUUAUUCGGUUAGCAACUAUGCUUCUUGUCGAACGACGUAGCGGUGACAAUGACAAGGCCCAAAUGGGGGUGAAUAGCUCCAGUGUGUUAAUCCAAUAUUCAGAUACGUUAGCAUUUGAUUCUCCUGGGGCUUUGUGGACUACUUUGAAAAAGACACUGAUUAUAAACCGUUUGAAAUAUCCCAAAAACUCUAUAGAACGUGUGGAAUCUGAAAUUGCCAAGUGCUUUGCUUUAAAAGUUUACGCAAGAAGUUCACGAUUUUUCCGUUUGUUUUUGAAUUCCUAUAGUAAUUCUUGCUGGGUUAAUAUCACUGAACAAGUUAAGCUGACGAAUAUUAUUGCUUCUAAGAAGAAUCAGAACUUUGGAAUCGAAUGGGAAAUGAUUACCAACAUUCUAAAUUCAGCCACAGAGAAGACUUUGAAUAACCAAGAUAUUUUAUACUCCUUACAACAUUACUCCAAGAAUGCAUAUUCAUUACGUGCUUUCGUCACAUUUAUAAAUGAUUCUGCCAUUGCAUCUAACACGCUAUCCAUUAUUUCUUCUCUUAUGCAAGAGCUAACUACAGAUGACUGCGACGAUUUAGAAACCACUGUAAAAAGAAUUUAUGACGUGGAAAUUAAGAAUGGCCAGUUCCUCAAAUUUGCCCGUGAGAAUUACAUAGUUUUGAAUGCUUUGUUCAAUCUAUCUGAUGUUACAACUCGCAACCUUUUAAAUUUAUUGGAAGUUGAUCAGGGUGUCACCGUGGAAAAUAUUAAAAAGGAUCACCUAUUUGUCUUAUACUCUUCCAUUUUCAGACGGCUUAUUGUCAAGCACCAGUUCAAAGAACUUCCAAAAUGGUCGCAAAAGAUGCCUCUAUGUCACUUGCGUGCUAACUCAUGUUCAUUGUUAGGCAUAACAGGUAUGUAUUUGGCGUUGCACGGUUUAAUGCAGCACGAAACUGAUUUACCAGUUGAUAUUUUUGUGUUCCUUGAAGAACUGGCAAACCGGCUGCGUGUGUGGUUUGGAUCAGAGGCGGGUGACGUUUUAGAUCUUGAAGUAAGAGGAAAGCUGAUCGAAUAUUGCAUGAACGCUGCUUCUAUAUGCAGUAAAAAAUCAGAUCAAUCAACACUAUCUACAAAUUUGUCCUUAAGAGACUCUUAA